CUUUUGGCCGGUGCACGGCGGCGGGAGAUCUACAAAGGCGGCGGCGGGAACGGCUGCGGGCGUCCGCGAUGUCAGUUAAGAGAGCAUUAAAGUUGGACACUGUUAAAAAAGAUAACCUAUCUGAUGCAACACCUUUGACGACCAAAAAGCAAAAUCUAAACUCUUACUCGCCGACAACAGGAACACGCCAAAUGAGUCCAUCUUCAUCUCCCAUGACUCAUAAUGCACAAAAUCUCAGAAAUCGCCCAUCAAAUGGAGAAGGAACUGAGCAGAACGAUUCAAGCAGCAGAUUAUCCAGAAGAGGGCAGCCUCAAACAGAGGAGGAUGCGUUCAUGGAAUUGCAAUCCAAAGUGAAAAGUUCAUUGGUUAAAAUUCUGAAAAUAAGAGCAAAUCUGAGAAGCCUACAGGCUUUAGAGGGCAGUAGAGAGCUUGAAAAUAUUAUUGGUGUCUCAGACACGUCUUGCGUCUUGAGUGCUGAAGUGCAGAAGACCGAACUGCUAAUGAGUCAAGCAGAAGAACUGCAGCUGUUGAAAAGAAAACUUCCUGCCCAAGCGUACAUUGAGCCUGCCAGUAGCUCCGCAUUCCUGAAGUCGCUCUUUGACUGAGGCAUUAUGUGAAAAAUGCAUUCCACAGCAACCCAAAGUUCUACAUCUGCUUGACUGUACUUAAAAGGAGAGAAGAAAUGACUGUAAACCUAUCUCCCCAGCAAAUACCAGUUUGGGACUGCUCAUUGCUCUAGGCAGGUGCACAUCUAGAUAAAAUUUCUGGCAUCUAUUUAAACUUAACAAUGUGCACAACCAGAUAAUCUCAAUGUAAAUAAUACAUCAUGGUUGUUUUAUGCAAGCGUGUGUACAAAAUGCUGAUUGAGGUUUGCUGCUGCAUGGAAAAUAAACUGUAUUUUCUGUAUGUUCUUACUGCAAAUAGAUAAUUAUGCUGCCUUGUUUUUUUAAAAACAAAAACCAAACCAAACCCCACCACUCCAACCCUCCCUCCAAGAACUGGGUGAGAAGAAACGAUGUUAAAGAACUUUGGCUGCCAGGCCUCCAGUGGGAAAUGGUUGCUUCCUGCCAGGGUGGGGCCGGGGGGGGCGGGGGGGUGAGCAGGCUCAUGAUUUAAUCUAAUCAUCAUUGCCCCAAAAGCUAGCAAAACAUGGUUUAAAUUAAUGCAUCUAGUUUUGCAGCAGCCUGCCUAAAAAUUUACAACUUUUUCUAAUGAUGAUUGGGGUCAAAAGAUAGAGGAAGUUCUAUUGUGCAAGGAAUUAUUCUGAGUGCUGAACAUGUUUAAGUGGUUUACAAACAGCAAUUUCCCUGUCUGUGGCUGCCACAGUUAGGGACAUAUUUGUCAUCUACAAAGAUGUUUCCUCUGAAGUCACCCAAGACACGCUAUCUAAAGGUAUCGGCUUCAAGCCCACCAUGUUAAAAGUAGAUGGCUCUAAUAACAUUUGCUUUUUAGGUCAACAUUUCAGUUUCAUUUUGCUAUUUAAUGAUGUAGGGGGAGAAUUGUUAUAAAACAGUUUCUUCUCUUCUUCAUUAUCCUCAAAACCACCUCUCCAACCUCAUGAAUACCCUGCAUCUCAAAUCACUGCACAAGGUGCAGCCUCUCUCACAUUGAAAGAGCGUAGUAGAAUGAUUUAUAAUUUUUUUUCAGAAAGUUCAACAUAAAUGCACACAAUUGAAUGUCCUUUCUACCACUGCAAAGUACUGCUACUCAAACAGAUGAACUGAUUUUUACAACUAAAAUGCCGAGAACCAAAAUGAUAAAUGUGUUCCAGUUUGUGGUUAAACAUGUACGCACUCGAGCUUCGGGAGUUUUUAAUUAAUAAAAAUGUUUUUACACUGUUCAGUCUGACUGGGAAAAAAUGUUAGUAAUUGGGUGAAGGGAAUUGUGCCAGUGGCUCUGUUUACCUUCUACACCAUUCUCGUUUAAGCUUUCUGUGCUGUUGGUUUUUGUUGUAUGUACAAGAUUCACCAGCUGAUUGCUUUGUAUGAUAAUGGCAGGUUAGCCUGAAGCAGCAAUAGUUUAUAUAACCUGAUUGUAACCACUGUAGCUGGAAAUUAAAUAAUUAUUGAUCUGAAAAGAGUCUGUAAAUGAACUG